AUGCAUGUGUUGGGCGGCUGUCUUACCAGCAUUAGCCCUUUGCAAUGCAAAUCCCACUUUCAGCCAACCUCCACCAACAACGUCUGCCCUAUUUCGCCCUCAUCAGCAGCAGCUGAGAGGGUUGACCAUUUCGCUUCGGGUUGUGCCGGCUGUCAGGUGAGUCCUUCCUCAUGUCAAACUGGGCAGACAACGACAUCAGUUGAGACCUCAAAGGACUCCUCAGACGACAGCGACAUCUGGGACUCCUCAACCUCCAGCAAAAUUCUUUCCCCAGAGACCUUCAGACAUGACAGUUAUACUAGUUCGUUUGAUUUCUUCACCGAGGAAGCCGCCAUCCCCGUGCUGUUGGGCAUCCGGCACUCCCAGGUGAAGAACUCUACCUUGCUGGGCAGCAGCCACGCAGCGAGUAUCCACAAUUACCAGGCUCCCAAUGUCUCGACUGUCCUCGACGCCACCUCCAUUUUGGUCAACACAAACGACCAGAUAAGUGACCAUGGAUCAACUACAGAUGCUCCUCAAAUUCAUUCUGUGAUCCGCUCUGCAGACGAAUGCUUGAAUAGGAAGUCACGGAAAUCUCCCGUCCCCAGGAAGCUCGUUUCGUACAGGAAGGUGCUGCGCUUCAAAACUCCUCUGGUUACCGUGCAGAAGAUUACACCGAUGCCGUGUGAGAAGGAGGAUUCCAAAAGGGACGACAAGGUCAUGUUUUUCCGCUUUAAUUCCUCCUCCAACAGGAAGGAGUUCUUUCAGCAAGUCCGAGAACGGCAUGCGGAACUCACAGGUCUAUUCGUACAACCAUCCGUGCCGUGAUGCCAAAUAUCUCGUUGCACUCGGAUUGGCCCAUUUCGAAAGGCAGCUGUUGGUGGGUGUAAAAAAAAAUACAAAAAAAAAAACAGAAGAAAGAAAAGAAAAAAUAGCCACUAGAGGUCAGACAUGCAACUUCCUAACAGGAGUUUCUUGUUGCUGUUCCACAUGCGUUAUGUAUUUGAAUGUACGUACUGUAGUUUAGUUCGGUUUUAUUCAUUCCGGGCCAGUGGUUACGUUCAAAGAAUUUAAAGCUACCUUGAUUGUCAGAAAAUUGAUCAUGAAUAAACAAAUUAAUUGUCUCUAUAUGUCUCCUUUUCGUUCGUUGUCACGAAAGCUCUUCUCUGGUGGAUUUAUGUUAAUUUAAAAAAAAACGAUGACACGUUUACGUGUCCGAGGAAUCCCGA